CGGUUAUAUAUAUCAAACAGUAAAAAUCAAAAUUUCACUAUAUUUACUAUUUCCACCAAAAACAACUAUCAACUAGUUUAAUUUAAAAGCAGUGUAUAUCGAAUUGGUCUAUGAGAAAUAUGUAUUACGCGCCCGUCUCUGUUAUAUUUCUAUCGAAUGCAUUAUAAAUUCACCGAAACUGCCAACCUGAUUCUCUAAACCUUUAGUAAAAUAUUUUUGAUCGCGUAUUAGCAAUUAGUCACGAAAUUUCUGCACGAGACCAGGACGGAAUCGAUCAAACUUAUCUUGGUAACGUACAGUAUCGCGAUUCAGCUUUAUUUCUGUAAUUAUAGGACAGAGGCAGUUGGACCCGCGUAACCAACAGACGCGGCCCACUGCAUUGACAGCCGCGGGUAAAAACUAGCCUCUACGAUCCUGUAUGUAAUUUGCGCGCGAGUGAAGUCACGUCGAUUACAUUUUAUAAUUAAAUCCAGGGCCUCUCGUUUUCGUGGGCCGGCGGCAAUCUGGCUGCUGUCUGAAACACUGAACGUGGCCGUAAUUGGAAUGUCCACAUGAAGCUGCUAAAGUUUUUGCUUCGUUAUUUUCCGCCAGGUAUGCCAACCGAGCGCCAGUUUCCACGAAAUUAACGCGCGCCUGUACCUCCGACACCUCUAAAACGAUAUUUUCUCUUUUCUCUUGUUUUACAGGUCUCGCCUUGGAGUACACACAGGGUGGAGAUGUCAAGACAAAAAUGAUCGAUCUUCUGGAUCUGUCUGCCGAAACGGACAUAAGAGCAUUAGCGGAGAGUAUAAAAGCGACCGAGCCCGUAAUAACCGAAAGUGUAAUGGAGCAGUUAGUGGAGACCCUGCAGAAGCUGCAAGCCAAAGUUUGCGAAACAAACGCCAAGCGCUACUACAAAUACAAAACCUUGCAGACCCAUCUUCUACCCCUUACGAAUAUAGCGUUCGAUAAACUAGGUAAAAGAUGCCUGACAGGCAGCUAUGACCGAACGUGUAAAGUUUGGGACAUUGACAGUGGAGCGGAGCUUCUUACUCUCGAAGGCCAUAAGAAUGUGGUCUACACCGUGUCCUUCAACAACCCAAUUUCAGACAAAAUCGUAACCGGUUCCUUUGACAAGACAGCUAGGAUUUGGUGCUCUCGAACAGGCCACUGUUUCCUAACUAUGUGGGGACAUAACGCUGGAAUAACUGUCGCAAAAUUCUCACCCAGUUACAACAAAAUCGGGACGGCUUCCCUAGACACGACGUCGAAGAUAUUUGAGUUAACAACAGGCGAGGAAUUAGGAACGUUGAGAGGUCACACGGCAGAAAUAAUCGCUUUACAUUUCAACAACGAUGGCACUCAGAUGAUAACAGGUUCUUUCGACGGUACUGUUAAUAUUUGGGACACGAGAACUUUCAGUCGCACAAGCGUUUUAAUCGGUCAUCGAUCGGAAUUGUCAAAUUGCGUCUAUAACUUUGACUGCUCGUUAAUCGCCUCGUCGUCCAUGGACAAAACGGCCAAAGUGUGGGACACGAGGAUGAAUUCCUGCUUGGCCACUCUGCGAGGACACGACGACGAGGUCCUGGACUUGACCUUCGACAACAACGGGAAAAAGUUGGCGACCGCGAGCAGCGACACCACUGCUCGAGUUUGGGAUGUUAGCACCAAUUUUCAGCAGUUAGCCUCGAUGAGAGGCCACCGAGAAGAAGUCUCUAAAGUCUGCUUCAGUCCAAAUAGUCAGCAUCUGCUGACGUCAUCGUUGGAUGAGACGUCGAAAUUAUGGUCUUUGGAGAGUGGAUGCUGUAUACAAACGCUAGAUGGUCACACGGACGAUGUCUUCAGUUGCGCCUUUUCGUAUAACGGCGAUACUAUUAUCACGGCAAGCAAAGAUAACACUUGCAUGAUUUGGAGAUGACUCGAUUGGUUCCAGGUGUGUCCUUAGCUUAUAAUUGUUAUGUUGUUCAUCGUUUAUGUCGUAUACUUUUAUGCAAUUUAAACGUUAGUUACUUUGAUUUUGUAAUCCAGAGUUGAAUAUUUUUAAAUCCAUUAAAUAUUUUUAAAGCCACUGUAUUUUCUUUAAAGUUAUUAAAUUAUAGAUGUUAUUAGAGUUUUCUGGAAAGUUCAUUAUGAUUCAAAUAUUUAAGAUUCGAGAGUUGCAAGUUUUAUAGAAUAUAUUAUAUAGAUGGAAUUGUAACUUUCCAUCUUGCAAAAAUAGUCGGCAAUACUAAGCAUAAAAUUUUAAGUGAAAGUUAUUUUAUUGCAAAUUGUUAUGAAAAUCAUUCAGUAGACAUAAAGUAGGUCAUUCGGUAAUUUAUAUUAUAAAAUUAAUGUAUUUUAGUUUUAAAAUAAAAUUUUCCCACUUACGAGAUUUUCAAUUAUAUAAACUAACUGAAGUAAGAAAUCUCUAAAUUCAAUUAGUAAAAGGUUAUUCUGUACGAAAAUGUAUUCGAUGUUUCAAGGAAAUUAUCUUCUUCUCUCUCGGAACACGAUAACUUUCAUAUGAAAAUUACCAAGUUUCGAUCAAUUUCAUAAAACAAUUGUGAUUAAUUCGCUUGGUAACUUUACUGGGAUGGCGGAUAAAGAUGUUCGCGUGAAUAAUUGAAACGUAGUAUAUAUAAAGAAAGCUUAAACGAUCAAUUUAAUGAUCGUACUAACUCAGGUACAUAAUCGUUCAAUGUAUGAUCUAAUCCUUGUACUUGUUAGCACAAUUACAUAAGUACUGUCAAUCGGUACCGAUUAGUUUUACGUAUUUCCGUUUGAGCUAAUUAAUAUUUCACU